GGGGGGGGGCAGGGUAGAGGAGGAGUGGCAGAAUGAUAGAGUGAGUUAAUUCAACCACAGCCAACCCUGAUUGACUUAGCAACAAACUGACAUGUCACACUGACUCUGACACCACAGCCACGGAACGGGAGACGAGAAAUAACAUGUCCUUCACCAGGAAGAGAAGUUUCACUUUUGGGGCAUAUGGAGGUGUGGACAGAUUCUCGUGCGGGGAUGAGAAGAGCAGAGCGCAGCCUGCAGGAGACAACAUCCUGGACAUCCUGGACUCUCCUGCCGGGGACAGCCGAUCCGUCCAGUCUGACGGCGGUAACCUGAAGGAGACAGAGCUGUUUGAAAUCAUCGAGAAGCUGCAGGGCAGUCGGAUCAACGAGCAGCGCUGUGAGUUCCCUCUCCCUCUGAAGUCCCAGUUUUUGACAGCAGGGGGAGGUUGGCCGCUCAUUGUCCCGUCAGAGACUGGGGGCUACUGGAUACAGCCCCCGCUGGAUGGGGGGCUCGUUAGUGUGAGCCCCACCUCUCCAGGCCAAAGCCCCGAUCUGGACAACUACGACAUAAUGGAAAGAGACAGAGAGGCCACAGUCUACAGACAGGUCUUCUGCACACGGUACCAUCAUUCAUUCACAGCCAUCGAUCCAUCGCUGGGUCCACUGGUUCUCUCAGUGUGUCUGGAGGAGGAGGAGAAGAAGCUGCGGCUGAUUCUAAGAUUAAAGGAAUCCUCUCUUCAUGGACAUUUCUCUCUGUGUCUGUUCCCUGUCAUCCCCUCGUCUGUUGAGUUGGCAAAGAUGCUCUGUGACAAAGUGACCGUCUCAAAGUUUGAACCCGUCAGUUUUCUCAAGGCUCCAGAGCUCAUAACAGCAUUUGACGAACACCGGGUGUCGCUAAACUUCAAGUUUGGAAUCUUGUACCAACGGGAAGGCCAGCUCAGUGAGGAGGAGAUCCUGAGCAACAACCACGAGAGCGACGACUUCAAGGAGUUCCUCUCCAUUCUGGGUGAAACAGUUCUGCUGCAGGGCUUCACCAGGUUCAGGGGAGGGCUGGACGUGUCACACGGCCAGACAGGAAGUGAAGCCGUUUUCACUUCGUUUCAGGGAAGAGAAAUCAUGUUCCAUGUCGCAACCAAGCUGCCUUUCACAGAGGGCGACCCACAGCAGUUACAGAGAAAAAGGCACAUCGGUAACGACAUCGUCGCUCUGAUCUACCAGGAGGGACAAACUCCGUUCUUCUCUGACAUCAUCAAGUCUCAGUUCCUGCACUGUUUCCUGGUGGUGAGGAGGAUUCAGUCGGAGGAGGACGCAGGUGGAGCUGCAUAUCAGGUGUCAGUCACAGCCAGGGACGAUGUUCCUCCGUUUGGUCCAGUCAUCCCAGAUCCUCCGGUCUUCACUGAUCCGUCCCUCCUGCGACAGUUUCUUCUGACCAAACUCAUCAAUGCAGAGAUUUCCUGCUAUAAAGCCGAGUGUUUCAGCAGGUUAGAGCUCCGGACACGCUCGUUGCUCCUGGAGACUCUGCAGGCUGAACUCUCCACGCGCUCCCAGUGCAUGAUGGGAGACUCGUCACUGUCUGCUCUGUCCUGCUCUGACAGCGUACGUGCAGCGUCUGAAGGGAGCGGAGGCUUCAUUGAGAAUUUCAAGAGAGCGAUCAGAGUACGCAGCCAUUCUUUGGACAUGCUGGGGGCACCCAAGAAGAUGAGUGGGGGUGCGCCGCAGAAGCCAAAGACACAGAAAGAUGGAGAAAGUGACAAAUCUCCAGGAAGUCUACCUGAAAGUCUGGGUUCCACUGAAGUCAAAGAUCAAGCAAGUCCUCAAGAGGAGCCGUAGAAAGACAUCUGUAGAUUUUGUAGAUUUUUGUAGAUGUUACACAAGAACAAGUGUCAGCCUUUAAAAAUAAAUUAUAUUAUAUUUUAAAAAUAUAGUGACGAUGGUAGUGAUGAUUAAAUCAAUGAUUGACUUGUAAACAGUUGUUAUUCUGCGUUAAAUAUGAGAAUAAACUCUAAAAUCGUCUGCUUUUACUCCUUUCUUGUUAGACAUGAUUGAAUAUAAUUAUUGAAAUAUGACUUUAAAAUAAUUAACAUCUCACAUGUGUUAAUACAGUGCGAAAUUGAAUACAAAUAAAUAAAUACUUUUAUAAUAAAUAAAAUCAAUACUUAAUUUAAACUUUUUAAACCAGAUUUAACCGCACUAGGAAGUGCAACUUUACAUCGCUGUAACACUCCAGUCCAGUAGGUGGUGCAGUACACCAGUACGCCGUGUUUUGUUUGUUUUUUUUUUCAAUAAUAAUCAGAAGAAACAUUGUCUUGAAGGCUUCUAAUGCUAAUUGUGGCUACUAUUAAUAAACAGAAUAUAUAAACUAAAACCUAACCUGAUUGUGUUUGAUUUAAUAAAAUAAUAGAACAGACUUUAGGCUCAUCUGACUUGACAAUAAAACCGCUGGA